AUCUGAGCUCUCACUGUGUGAGUGCGAGUCAGCCGGUGAACCAGCGAGCUAGAGAAGUGUGUGAGGGUGUUAGGUGCAGAGUCUGUGUUUGUGUGUAUGUGUGCGUAUGUGUGUGUGACAGAGAAAGGAGGCAGCACUCUCUUAGUGCGGAAAAAAAUCAAACAAACAGGCAGCCAGUGCAGUGUUUUCCAUCCUGCUUUCCUCCUCUGCCUCUCUAAGGACCGUAGCAGCACCAGGGGCUCACCCUUCGGACUACUGUCACGCUUCCUCCUCCUCUUGCCUUUGAAGGGAACACCUGUGCGUGUUGUAAGCGCGUGAGCUGGGACAACGGACGCAGCCCUUGUGAACAGAGCGAGUGGAUGACUUCAGUGGAUGAGGGUUUGGCUGGUGGAAAGAGGGAGGCUGCUGACCAUGGGCUUCCCUCAUUAGUUAACGGGGGUGUUGAGCAGGAACAGGUUUUUCCGGUCAUCAUGUGCACUCGGACCUAUCCUGACUCCAUCCCCGAGUGCCAGUUGUUCGCUGAAGAGGUGGAGGAGCCUGAGGAGGAGGUGGCAGACGAGGGCAGGGAGAGGGAAUCGGACAGAGACAGUGCUGUGGAGAGCACCCAGGGGUCAGACACCUCCGACGGGCUCGCCAGGCUUGGGGACAAGGAAGACGUACUGGGAGAUCUCUUUUUACCCGGGGAAAAGUGUGGUCAAACUAGCAUCUCUGUGACCUCUGACCUUUCAACUCGUUCCUCGGCCUCUCUGAACGAGGAGCAGUUUGAAGACUACGGGGAGGGAGAGGAACCAGACUACGCUCCCAGCAGCCCCUGUCCGGACGACGAAACACGCACCAACGGCUACUCCGAUCUGGGUUCUUCUGUGCCCUCCAGCGCGGGCCAGACUCCUCGUAAAGUGCGUCACCAUUACCCCGGUGAACUCAUGGAUGUCUACUGUUCUCAGUGCAGCAAAAAGGUCAACCUGCUAAAUGAUCUGGAGGCGCGACUCAAAAACCUCAAGGCUAACAGUCCCAACAGGAAGAUCUCCAGCACUGCUUUUGGAAGGCAGCUGCUUCACAACAGCAACUUGAGCAGCAGUAACGGUAGUACGGAAGACCUUUUCAGAGACAGCAUUGACUCAUGUGACACUGACAUCAAUGAGAAGGUGACUUCUCUGGAGAAAAAGGUGGCAGAACUUGAGAAUGAGAUUCGGAUAAAUGGCGACCUCAAGUCAAAGCUAAAGCAGGAAAACACACAACUAGUGCACAGGGUUCAUGAGCUGGAGGAGCAGCUGAAGGAUCAAGAAACACGUGCAGAACAGAAUCUGCAGGAGGAGUUAAGAAGACACAGAGAGACCUACACCAAGAUGGAGAGAGACAAGAACACACAGAUUGAACUACUGACCCACCGAGCAAAGCAGCUGGAGGAGGAGAACAGUGAGAUGUCUCUUAACUUGUGCCGACUCAAGUCACAGACGGAGAAACUGGAUGAGGAGAAGCAAAGGAUGACGGACAAGCUGGAGGACACCAGUCUGCGGCUGAAGGAUGAGAUGGACCUCUACAAGAAGAUGAUGGAUAAACUGAGACAGAACAGACACGAGUUCCAGAAGGAGAAAGAGGCCAUGCAGGAGCUGAUAGAAGACCUUCGGCGAGAGCUGGAGCACUUGCAGCUCUUCAAACUGGAAGCGGAGAAGCCUGGUCGGAGCCGCAGCUCUUCCUCUGGGCUCUCAGACUUCAACAACAGAACCAGGGAGGUGGAGCUCGAGCAUGAAGUCAAGAGGCUCAAGCAGCAAUUUACAUCCCAGGAUUUUCUCCCCCCUGAAAUCCAUCAACUGGUGUUGUCUGGGGCUCGGCUCUGCCCUGGUCUGAUGGAGAACCAGAAGCUGAGGGAGCAGAACGAUGACCUGAACGGUCAGAUCCUGAGUCUCAGUCUGUAUGAAGCCAAGAAUCUGUUUGCUACGCAGACCAAGGCCCAGUCUCUAGCCGCUGAGAUAGACAACGCCUCCAGAGACCAGUUAAUGGAAGCCCUGAAGGAGCAGGAAGAAAUCAACUUACGUCUGAGACAAUACAUGGAUAAAAUCAUCCUGUCUAUCCUGGACCACAACCCCUCCAUCCUGGAGAUAAAAAACUAGCAGAUGAGAAUUGUUCCUGAUGUCGGAGGAGUGAAGAUCAGUCCAGUCGUCUGAUCAGAACAUUAAGCUCAAGUCAGGAACCUGAACAGGAGGGAAAAAAAGACAACUGGACCUGGUUUUUAUAAUUAAAAAAAACAGACAAACACAUGUAUUACCUGCUGCUGUUAGUGGGUAGAACUUUUCUUUCGGUGGAAGAUUCUGCCUUGAACUAAAGGGACUUUUCUCAGCUUGUAAAAAAGUCACUGACGGAUGGUUUUACAACGGUGACUGAUCAGCUCAGUCUGUGCUGUUUUUAUCCUCUGCUGCUGUGAUCUGUACUUAUUCUCACAAUUACAUGUCACAUGACAAGUCAAUCUUUUCUACCCAGGGUUAAUCCAUGCUCGACGUGCUUUUAAGAAUUGGUACAAUCAAACAAUGUAGUACACUGGACGUAAUGUACCUGGGCAUUAACACUGGAACACAUUUGUAUCUGAUGUAAUAAUAGCUGUGUUAUUUACAGACAUCUGUUUGGUGUGUUUGGAAAAUACAGCGAGACGGGUAAAUGAAUCGGAACAACGGACAUGAAGGCAGACAUGUUGCCUGACCUGUAAGGUGAUGUAAAGUGAUGUAGGUGAUCCCUGACUGCACACAGUUACAGAUCUGGACAAGCAUGUGUUUAAGGAAGAUUGAGAAAAGAGGUAGAGGUGGUCAGAGAGAGAAAAAGAUUAGCUUAAAUAAUGAAAGUAAUGAAUUAAUGUUGACAUGAUGGACCAUGUAUGCUGGCAAAAGAGGACUUUUGUGAAGUUGGGGAAGGUACAUUGAAGAUGACCUUUUUUUAAAAAAAAUCUUUAGAAGAUGUCUUCCACAAAACAGCACUUGCAGUGUCAAUCAAUCUGAUAGUGAUUUUUCUUUUUUCACCGAGAAGUGGCCCUUAGUCGGUUCAGAUGAGUUGUGGAUUGUCACCCUGUGGCUAAGAAGCUGCAGGAAAAGGAGUGUCUUGAAAUUGUAAUUUCCACGGCUGCUAUUUGCAAGCAAAGCCUGAGCUAGAAAAUGUUACCAGUUGCUAAUAAUAAACCCAAAUGAUGUUGCACAGAAAGGUUUUAAUAUGAAUGUACAGGGUGUGUGGUGCAUUUACAUUGGAGCGACUGAUAGUCAUCGGCUUUCUGAAUCGUUGAUCUAUGCUCAGUGAGGUCGACUCAGAUGCUGGAUGUGAGCAUGCACAGGAGACUCACUUCUUGGUACAAAAAGGACUGGAUUCGCAAUCUCAUCGCCACCGUCAAGUUGCUGAUUGUACAUGAAGCCCUGAUAGCUGUCUGAAGCUCUAUAAUACUGUAAAUAUCAUGAAUGUACAACUCAACAUUUCACUUUCUGUGUGGCCAAAUGAGCAUUUGUAAUUUGAAUCUCUAGACGUGAUGUAACGCACAUGAACAGUAUUCUGUACUGUAACAAUGGGGGGAGCAUAGUUUUGAGAGGGGAACUGAUUACAAUCUGCUGUAUUAUGUAAUUAUUCUAAACUUGAGUUUUGCUUCCUUGCACAAAGAACAUGUUGUUUUUCGUUUGCAUGGUUCACAUCCUCUUCUGUCUGUGCCUUUUUGGGACAUUUUUCAAGAUGAUGUUGCUGUAGAUUUACUUCUUUUUUUUAAGGUACAUUCUCUGACAUUUUUGACUUGUAAAUGUUGUACUUAUAUAGUGAUAAUUUGUAUUCAUCUGCCACUCACCACUCUUUUUCAGACUGGUACUAAGAAAACUGUUUUAUACUGUUAAAUCUCAAACAAACUUACGGUUGCUUAGGUGUCCUCUUAGCCGUAUAGCACAAUACCUUGUAUGGUACUCAAACUGGGUUAUAUUUUGUCAGUGUGAUGAAUUUUUCACUUGAGUCAGUGGCUUAUUUUUGUUGUAUUUUUCUAAUUUUUGUUAGUUUUGGUUAGUCCACUGAUUUUCACUUUGCUUUAAACUGGAAUUUUAUAUGGUUGUGAACUGUCUUCCUACUUAAACGGUGAACAUUAUGAGCAAUAUUAACUUAUUACCAAUACUUGCUGGUUUGUGUCCUGGUUUGCUACACAAAUCUGUUUUCUCAACAGCUGCUUGUGCCAUUCUACAUUUAAAUAAAAUAAACCAGUACAGAAAGUUGUAACA